ACCACCACUGCAGAGCGGCGCUGCGUCAGACAACGACUGAGCAAACGACAGUCAACCAGCUAGUGGCUUAGAGAGGAAAGAGGCGCAUCCGAGUGGUGAACUCAGACUGUCCUGUUGAGUUGCAGUCUGCGGUGAAUCAGCGGUACAGACAUUCGUUUCUCUCGACCAAGUUGCAAGAUUCAACGAGCGGGAAGACGUCGGUGGAGAGAAAAUCUUUCGAGCAGCUCUGGUCUAUAGUAUCCAAACAACAGUAAUCGGAAGUUGUGUCUUCUCGACUGCAUCCCUACUGCUCGUAUCGUAUGGCGAGCCGAACUCGAUGGAAUUCGGCAAACUUGAGAACGCAACUCUUUUCGUUCGUUGCCGUUGUAUCCGCCCUGUCUGUCGUUGCCGGUGACUGUGUCAUCGGGAGUCGUCGUUAUCAGGAAAAGACCAUUUGGAAAACUGGUGUCUGUCAGACUUGUGAGUGUCAACAAGGAGUAUCUCUUUGCAGUCUUGAGCAAUGUUCUGUCUCCAAGUGCUCUAGUCAGGCUCAGUCUCUUGUAAUUCCUGCUGGGCAGUGUUGUCCACGGUGUUUGAGCUCAAGAUUAUUGUCAUGUCGAGUGAAUGACACGUUGUACAAGCAUGGCGAAAUGUGGAGUAUGUCUGCAUGUCGGAACUGCCUAUGUCUGAAUGGUGAAGUCAGUUGCAGGGAAUCAACCUGUGAUCGACAAACAACAUGUGCCCAAGGAGAAGUACUGCGAGUUCCCAGUGGUCAAUGUUGUCCAGCCUGUGUACCUAAUGGAAGAUCGUGUGGGUACAAUGGGGAGACAUACAAGGAUGGCGAUGUAUUUGAGCUGCUUAACUGUACUCUGUGUCAGUGUAACAAUGGAGAGACAAAGUGCUACUUGAAACAAUGUCCUAGAGUGACAUGUCAAGAGGGAGAAUUGUCUGUUUUAUUACCCGACACUUGCUGUAGACGAUGCUUAAAAAGAGGCUGUGUGGAUGGCACUCGGCUGUACCAAGACGGCGAGCAGUGGCAACCAAGGAGUGCAUGUCGAGUGUGCAGAUGCAGGGAUGGCAAGGCAACGUGUGUAAUUCGAUCUUGUCCAAAAGUGGACUGCAACUCGAGUGAGCGGAAAAUUACAAAAGCUGGUGACUGUUGUCCAUCAUGUGUAUCCCUGGGCAAGUCUUGUUGGGAGAAAGGCAAAGAGUACAUGAAUCGAGAGUCGUGGAGUUCAUCUCCAUGCAAGUACUGUAUGUGUGACAAUGGCAAUGUUACUUGCUCUGAGGCAUCGUGUCAAAUCCCGACAUGUCCUAAGGGUCGAGUGCUAGUACAGCCACCUGAUCAGUGUUGUCCUCACUGUGUGCUUCCACCAGGAAAUUGUAGUCACACAGGAAGGACAUACAUUCAUGGCCAACAGUGGAGACCGGAUGUGUGCAGUUUGUGUUCAUGUAGAGAUGGUCAGGUUUCCUGUUAUCGAACUAGCUGCACACCUUGUGUUUCGGGUAUUCUCAGCAAUGAAGUUCCAGGUCAGUGUUGUCCACGCUGUGAAUCGAGAUGUUCGGAGGCGUGCUUAACAUGCUACAACAAAGCAAGCAACUGUUCAGCUUGUAGAGACUCUAGCCUGUGGCUCGAGGAGGGUCGCUGCGUGUCUGGAUGCUCGCGUGGAUUUUACCAAGAUGCAUUAUCUAAGACGUGUAGAAGAUGCGAUAGCAGUUGUGCAGAAUGUUCGGGCAGUAGUCACAGAGAGUGUCUCGCGUGUUCAACUGGCAGAUACUUGAAGAACAAUCAGUGUGUGGCAAAAUGUGGUCUUGGUUAUUUUACUCAUAGACAAGAGUGCAGAGAAUGUCAUGCUAGCUGCACUGGGUGUACUGGCAGUGGACAACACAAGUGUGCUUCGUGUUCGGAUGCAUUGGCAUUUUUUAAAGACGGCAGAUGUGUUUCCAGCUGUGGACCUGGCCACUAUACUGUUGGAAAGAAUUGCACUGGUUGCGAAUCAUCAUGUAAAACAUGUGGUCCAGACACUUCAGAUUGUACAUCAUGUCAUCGGCACCUACUGUUGAAAGAGCGCAGAUGUGUUACUCACUGUGGAGAUGGAUAUUUUGCAACUGCCACUGCGCAAUGCGAAAAGUGUCACAAGUCCUGUUCAAGAUGUACUGGAAUUCAGGCUGUUGACUGUCUUGCCUGUGUCAUUGGCCUAUUUUUACAAAACGGACACUGCGUUGCAUCAUGCAGUGAUGGAUACUAUCACCACAAAGGUGUUUGCUUAGCUUGUGACAAAUCGUGCCAUGCGUGUCGAGGUUUGGGAAAGUCUUCCUGCACCUCGUGCCCCGGUGGAACUGCUUUAUUGUCGGGCAUGUGUGUCACCAACUGUGGCGAGGGCAAGUUUGCCACUGAAGAGAGCAUUUGUGCAGAUUGCCAUACGUCUUGUAGGACGUGCUCCGGUACUUCUAUCAUUGACUGCUCGACUUGUCCAUUGAAUCGCAUGUUGAGGGGUGGUCGAUGUAUUAGUGCUUGUCCAGAUGGAGAGUACGAUCGCAGGGGAACGUGUCAAUUGUGUCAUGGAAGUUGUUCUACUUGUUCUGGUGGCAGCCAGAGUGCCUGUAGCACUUGUAGUUUGCCAUCUCGUCUUACCAUCGAAGGUCGCUGUGAAACCGGUUGUCUCAGUGGUGAGUAUGCGGACAGAAAUGGAAGUUGUCACAGUUGUCACCCUAGCUGCUUAGGAUGUGUGUUGGGAUUAGAUGGCUCUGGAAGUGUGUGCGUCGAUUGCGGUCUGGAUAAAGUACUGAAGGGAAGCGAAUGUGUCAGUAAUUGUGGAUCAGGGCACUAUGCAAAGGACGGCAGAUGCAAAGCGUGUGAUGCUAGUUGUUUGACAUGCGUUGGCCAAGGGAAACUGAGGUGUAGCGGCUGUCGUCAGGGAUUCAGUUUAGCCCUUAGUGGUCGUUGUGUGGCCAAGUGCCCAACUGGAGAGUUCUCAGAUGGAAAGGGAAAGUGCCAAAAAUGUGACGGCUCAUGUUUGACGUGCAGCGGGUCGCCAACGGCUUGUUCGGAGUGUCGCAGUCCAUUGCAUGUUCGUAAGUAUGGACGUUGCGUUGAAAAGUGCGGAGACGGAUUCUAUAGCUCAGAAGGCAAAAUCAGGGAGUGCAAAGGUUGUCGUGAUGAUUGUUAUCAGUGCUCUGAUGGUAAUGAGUGCUCAGCUUGCUUUUCUCCACUUCUUUUGAAAGAUGGGAAGUGUGUACGAAGCUGUGGUAAUGGCUUUUAUGACGACGACGACAAGUGUAGUCCGUGCUCUCGGCAUUGUGAUCAGUGUACCGGUGCCAUGCAAUGCACGACUUGUCAAUCAUCGCAUGUGCUGUAUGCUGGGCAAUGCAUCACAAGCUGUCCGAGAGGAUUAUAUUUGAGUGAGGGCACGAAAUCAUGUUUAAGCUGCUCGGCAAACUGUGCCGAAUGUAGGGAUAGCACAGAGUGUUCAUCUUGUGUUGAUGGGACAUUCUUACGUUCUGGUCGGUGUGUGUCGUCGUGUGGCGAGGGUUAUUACGGUAAUCUACGGGAGAGAAUUUGUGAAGUGAAUGUUCAUCGUCCUGUGAUCAUAGUCAACAGCCCGAUUGUAGUCGUCAUUGGCGGUUCUACAUUUAUCGAUCCACUCAUAUUGAAUGCUACAGACUCUGAUACACACCAGUCUAAAUUACUGUUCCAAGUUGCUCGUCCUCCAACCAAUGGACGAUUAGUGAAAACCAGUGGUGCUGAUACAGAGACACUGUCCUCUGGAGCAACUUUUAGCCAAGCCGACAUGAUUGGUGGCAUAAUACGAUUUAUUCAUAACCCUGUUCUGUUAGCAGAAGGAUCGAUGGCUCUUCGUGUGUCAGACAGACAGCUUACAUCAGAUGUUGGUAAUGUCAAGAUUAGAGUUGUUAGUGCGUUUCCUCCUAUGGUUGUUUCUAAUAAUGGUUUGGCUGUGGAUGAACUGAAUUCAAAAACUGUAUCGUCGUCUAACUUUCGUGUGACAGACAAAGAUAAUUUGAAAAAGGUAACGAUUACUGCAGUUUCUGGACCCCAUUAUGGUCAGCUUCGCAAGGGAAGAGUCGAGACACAGUCCUUUACAGUUGAAGAGAUUAAUCGAGGGAUGAUCAGUUAUAUUCAUCGUUGGGGCCAGUCUUCAGUCGAUUUCAUUCUUUUUCAAGCGUCAGAUGGGACAAGUGUUGUCAACUUCUUGUUUCAAGUCAACAUAAGCUUGUCUGAUAACGAUCCUCCCGUCCUUAUUACGAAUAGGCAGUUGGUAGUUGCAGAAGGAGCCGUGGCUGCUCUCACCACUGACUUCUUAGCAGCUCACGAUGUCGAUUCGAAUGACCCCGCUCUGGUCUUUAAGAUUGUGAGAGGGCCUGUCAAUGGCAAACUGUUUUUCCGAAAACCUAUUCCAAGAAGUGGAGUGCCGUCUAAUUGGAUUGCUGUUGCUGAUACUGGGAAAAUGCAAAAAGAGAAAGAUUCUUUUCGUCAACUAGAGCUUACCAAUACUCAAGUGUAUUACGUACACUCUGGAACGGAGACAUUAUCGGACAGCUUUGAGUUCGAGGUGUGGGAUGGAGGCUCACCUCCUAAUGGUCUUGUAGGUCAAGAAUUUUCCAUUCUUAUAACUCCAGUUGAUGAUGAGGUGCCUCGUCUUUCUUCGAGUCUUCGAUUGCCAUUGCGGAUUAUGGUAGACGAAGGUUCUCUUUUUACAAUAACUAGAGAGAAUUUGGCGUAUGAAGAUCCAGACAGUGACGACAAGCAGCUGCAGUACAGAAUUAUUUCUAUAUCUCAAAAUGGACAGUUGGAGCUAACUACAGCACCUAAUGUGUCCAUAACACACUUUACACAGGCAGACAUUAAUGCAGGACGAGUCGUACUGCGAUUGUCCGGUUCUGAAAUUGGAUUACGGCAGAUUAAAAGUGAAAUUCUAUUUACAGUGUCGGAUGGUAAGAACACUCUGAGAUCUCAAACAUUAGAGGUCAUAGCAAUGCCGGUAGACAAUCAGCCACCAGAGUUGGAAACUGCCCAACCUCUCGUCGUCAAUGAGGGUGGAAAGAAAAGCAUCGGUCAUGAGCAGCUAAGUGUCUCUGAUCCAGACACAGAACUGGCAGAUCUUUUGUACACAGUGUCUCGAGCUCCUGAACAUGGGCAUUUAGGUCUUAUUAGGGGAUCGUCUACGAUAUCAUUACGUGGUGGUGACAAGUUUUCUGUUCUUGACGUUGUGAGUGGACUCGUUGAAUAUACCCAUGAUGGUACAGAAACAACAGAUGACAGUUUUGUUGUCGGAGUUGCAGAUGGCAAGUUUACUGUGUAUGCCACUGUUCAAGUAGAAAUAACUCCUGUUGACGAGGAUCGACCCGAGUUAGUUGCUGGUGUCAGUCUACGUUUGACUGUUGCAGAAAACUCUAGUGAGUACAUAACUCGACGAGUGUUGGCUGUUACUGAUACAGACACUGAAAAUCGUCUUCUUCGGUACACGCUAACGAGACUUCCUUCUCGUGGUUGGCUCGAAGUUCGCUCAUCACCAAAAGUGUUUGCUCGUAUCUCAACCGGAGGCCAGUUCACACAAGGACAGAUAAACAAUUUUGGUGUACAGUAUGUGACUGUAGGAGAAACGGGGUCUUCUGAUCUUCAGGAUUCAUUUACAGUGUCUGUUACAGACAAGGCUGGGAAUCAGUUGAAUAGUCUGAAGGUGGAUGUUGUGAUUACUGCCAUCAAUAGCAUUGCACCAGAAUUAGUCGCUCGAGACAAUAUAAGUGUAGCAGAAGGAGGUCGGAUUGCAAUUACUGACAGGAAUUUGCAGGUGUUGGAUGCUGAUACAGCAGAUGAGCAGAUCAUUUGUCGCAUCACUGUUUUACCGCUAGCUGGUUUCGUUGAGAAUGUUAACACACUUCCUGGAUCAGAAAGGACAGGGAGAGGGUUGGCUAUCAAUGCAUUCUCGGCAUAUGAUUUUCGUGGUGGUUUUAUCAACUAUGAGCAAAACCAGCAUGAAGGGGUGGAACAUACCACAGACACAUUUCAAGUACAGUGUUCAGAUGGAGUUCAUAAGUCGGCCGAGAGAACUUUUCAUGUGGCAAUUCAAUUGAUCAACGAUGAACGGCCUCAAGCAGAAACAGGCAUACUUUUCUGUUCAGAAAAUGCUGGUGUUGCUAUUACAAAUCUGACAGUCCAGGUCAGUGAUUUGGAUACGCCCGAUCAGCAACUCUUAUUUACUUUGCUUGCCCAACCUAAGUAUGGUGAAGUGAGAAGACGGGAAACUGCCUUGGAACUGCCAUUUCGAGGACGUCUGAUGGAAACCGGAAACACUUUCACUGUCGAUGAUCUGUACUCCAGUUUAAUUACAUAUGCUCACAACGGCAAACCAGCAAACACGGAUCGAAUUAGAUUCUCAAUAUCAGACGGAGCAUUUUCUACAGAUAUUGUAGUUCGUGUUGUUAUUGCUGCAAUUGAUGACGAAAAGCCAUACAUGACCGUGAAUAAGGGACUAAAAUUGAAACUGCACCAAUCUGCACUCAUCCUGCCAGAGCACUUGCAUGCGUCAGACAUUGAUUCGGAUGAAAGUGACCUGACAUUCAUUCUUAAAACUAAACCAACUCGUGGACAGCUUGUUCUCAACAGAAGACGACAUCCUACAGUAUUGUCUGUGUCUGGUGUGAAUUCAUUCAAGCAAGCAGAUAUAGACAGUGGUAAUCUUCGUUAUGUUCACUUAAAGACUUCCGGAAUCGACACAUUAAAGUUCGACAUUGUAGAUUCAAACGGAAACAAAUUGCUGGCUCAAGACUUCAUCAUUUACAUCCAGGAAGAUAACAUCCCACCUAUAGUUGUGACGAACACUGGUUUGCAACUGAAAGAAGGCGAGAGCAAAAAGCUUACGACUCGGGAGCUGAGUGCAACAGACAGUAAUAGUGAUGAUGCCGCUCUGCUGUUUUUUGUUGACACACAUCCUUUGUACGGACAGUUGCAGAGACUUGAUAGUGAUGAGACCGUCGUCGAUCAGUUCACUCAGGUAGACUUGGCAGCCAGUAGAAUUGUGUAUAGUCACACAAAUGAGAAGGAGAGUGGACGAGAUCAUUUUCAGUUCACGUUGACCGACGGUGCUAAUAAUGUUUCUAUGAUGUUCUUCAUCACAAUACAGCCUGUAGACGACUCACUGCCCAUUAUAAGCAAUGAAGGUUUGAGGGUUAGUGAAGGUUCCGUCAAGACGAUUACUUCAUUUGAAUUGGAAGCCGUUGAUGCCGACACGAAACCGGGAAAGUUGUACUUUACGAUGUCGUCAUUUCCUCAACACGGACGACUAGAAAGAGUAGAGGAUGCCGUCACAGCUCUACCUGCUGUUGCAUUUUCGAUGCAGGAUAUUCUCGACAAUAAAAUACGAUACCAACAUGAUGGCAGUAACACGAUCAAAGAUUCAUUCAGUUUUACUGUGUCUGAUGGAACAAAUAGUGCAUUCCAGUUUAUGGACAGUAAAGGUCAACUAAGACGAACAAAAUCAGCCCAAACGUUUAGCAUUAGUAUUUCACCUGUCGAUGACGGAGCUCCGAGGCUCAUUGUCAACACUGGAUUAGAAUCUCUGACGUCUGUUGGUGCUUUGUCAUACAGUAUCAUAAAGAAAAGGAACCUGAUGGCUACUGACGACGACACAGAAGAUGCAACUCUUGUACUUACAGUUACAACUGCUCCGGUUUAUGGAUACAUUGCCAGGUGUCAUCGAUCGCUGUGUUCUGAAUUUUCACAACAUAUUAGUUCGUUCACGCAGGAGGAUAUCAAUGGUGGACACAUUGCAUAUAUCAAGGGCAGUACCAAUAAUACAAGAGACCAUUUCAAGUUUAGUGUUUCAGACACGAAGCCAAAUACGUUGCCGGAUCAGUCUUUCUUAAUCCAAUGGUCGUACGUGGCUUUCGAGCACACUACAGUCGUCAUCGGAGAAUCAGAUGGUACGGCCGCUAUUACCAUUCAUCGUUAUGGAAACCUAAAUCAAGAGUCUUUUGUUACGUGUAAAACUCAGCAAGAUUUUGCCACCUCGCUUGGUGGUGUCGCACCACGAAAGGGCAAGAAUGAUUACGUAGAGAAGCAUAGCCAGGUGCAGUUUGGAUUGCUUGAAGACGUCAAGACGUGUACCGUGCAGAUAGUCGACGAUGAUAUAUAUGAAAGAGCCGCCGAGUACUUCCUUGUACAACUGGAGCUUCCGACUAACACGUUGCUUGGAACUUCUAGAGAAGCAAAAGUGAUAAUCAAUGACACAGAAGACGAACCUAUCAUGAGCUUCUUGUCUCCACUAGUCGGUGUCGAAGAGAGUGCACAAUUCGUGAACGUGCGUCUCACUCGCACCGGCGAUUUAGGCAUUGCCAGUUCCGUCAUUUGCUACACAGAUGGAGGUACGGCACGAGGAAGUGCACAGGAUAGUCUGGAGUCGGGAUCAGACUACGUUGCUCGAUUGAAAGACUCGAGCUAUUCUCGAUUGUACUUUAGAACGGGGCAAAAGGAAGCCGUGUGUCGAUUGCGGAUCAUCGACGACACUCUUUACGAACUAGCCGAGACUGUCUAUAUCAAGUUGAAUAACCCCAUUAGUGGAGCUAUAGGAAAGCUGAUGGCAAUGACUGUCACUAUUCUCGGUCCUAAUGACGAACCAAAACUUUCGCUUGCCCAUCAGACCAUCACUGUUGGUGAAAGUUCGGGCAAGCUGUCGGUUGAUGUAAUUCGAACCGGCGUCGAUCUCCAACACACAUCUUUGGUCUGGUGCUCGACACGACAAUCUAAUCCUCCUUCAGCCGAAGCAGGAAUGGAUUUCAUAUUGCAUUCUACACAGUUGAUAUUUGCACCCAAGGAAACUGUCAAGCCUUGCACGUUCACCAUAUUAGAUGAUACAGAGCAACCAAAGUUGGAGGUCAAUGAAAUAUUUAUGAUUUCUUUACACAUGGCGAUCGGUGCUUCGUUGUCUCCACCACAUCAAGCCCUUGUUACAAUUGAUGACACGGCAGACGAUAUUCCUAGAGUGUCAUUUGCUGAGACUUCGUACGAGGUGAACGAACCGGAUGAGAACGUUGCAGUGAGCAUUAUACGUACAGGAGACUUGAGCCAUGAACUGACAGUUCGUUGUUACACGAGCUCACACUCAGCUUUGGUUGGAAAUGAUUACAGCGAAAGGACGAAUACCGACAAUUCCAUCAUUCGUUUUUUGCCCGGUGAAUCCAGUAAGAGUUGUCGUGUUGCUAUUGUGAACGACCGUAACUUUGAACCAGACGAAGUCUUCUACCUCUACUUGGGAUCAGUUCAUAGUGCUGUAGGUGGUGAAAUAGACCAGAAUCGAACUGAAGUCGUAAUCAGGAAUCCAGAAGAUGUUCCAACGGUCCAGUUUGAACGUUCUGUUUAUGAUGUAUAUGAGCCGACAAGCAGUAAUCACUUAACAGAAGUGACAGUAACCAUCAUCAGAACAGGAGACACAAAUCAGACAUCACAAGUUCGAUGUAGUACCACAGAUGGCUUGGCUACAUCGGAUCUCGACUACGAGCCACAGAGCGAGCUGCUGGUGUUCAAACCAAGACAGACACGAACUCACUUCACAGUCCAAAUUCUCUAUUCUGAGAAGGCAGAAUGGGAAGAGUCAUUUACCAUUGGACUCAGUGAAGACUCUGUAGUCAAUGCUGUAUUGGGUGCAAAAGCUGUAACACACGUUACCAUCAUCGAUCGACAAAAUGGUGUACCAAUCUUUCCCGAUCUUCCCAAGGUUAUAUCGAUGCUUAAUUAUGAUGAUACUUCCAAGGAGGAAGAAUCACCAGCUCUUGGUUACCCACUGGUGUGUGUGACUCCUUGUGAUUUUCAUCACCCUCGCUUUGAGGAGACGAAAGGAUUGUGUGAGACAAAUGGCGUUCUCUCUAAUCUCACCAACUUCAGAUGGGAGAUCGCACCCCCAGCCGACUACGACGGAGUUCAGCAGCCCUUCAGACAACUCAAUACAGACACGGUGUUUACGAGCACUAAAAUGAUGGUGUUGGAUAGCAUCUACAUGUGUGCUGGGUGUCUGAUACGCUGUGGUGCUCAGCCAUCGGAUAUGUCAGGUACCGUGGGCUCGUGGCAUGUCAGCAAACCUGUUACCGUCAGUACGGACAAGGGCAUUUGCCACUCUCACAAUGACACACUUGGUCUACUGAAGGCGGAAUCGUUUAUUGCCAGUUUGGACUACAUCGACACAAGGAACGUACUUCACAGCAACCACAUGAAAAUAACAAUCGAAAUACCACACCGCGAUGGUAUGUUUCCCGUCAUAUCGACCAGAGACAUUUCAGAUCUAGAAUUGACACUCAGCAAAUCAUCGUAUCGUCACCAGCACGUGUGUUCAAAUAUCCUCGACUACAACGAACACAAAGGCGUAACAACGUUUGGAUUUAUCAGUGACGUAGCAACAGGAGAAGAACCACGCGGUCCGGGAUACGAUUUCCCACAUCAGUUUGAUUCUAAGCUUCGAGGCAGGAACACCAUUCGCUUGUAUCAGCAUCUCAAUCUAAGAACGUGUUUGUGGACUUUCGAAGCUUACUACCAUCUCAAUGAAUUGCGCGAUGCUUGUGGAGGCCACGUGACGACUGACUUUGCAGUAUCAGACCAAGUCUCGUCACAGUUGACUGUCACAGUUCCAUUGCAUGUUUCAUAUGUCUACAGUAAUCCUCCAGUUGGCUGGAGGCUGCUCGGCCACAGUUCAGAAAUGAGCUUUUCGUUCACAUAUUCAACCAUUUUGUGGCGUAGCGGUGUCGGUGCCGAAGGAAUCAAGGAUGGCCGUUUGCAGGUUCUUCAGGCAUUUAUUCGACCUUCCGAUGGACGGUUUGUGAUCACAUUCAGAACGGAGGCAAAGUUUCGUGGUCAAUUUGUUUUGAGUCAUCAAGUGAAAGAGUCGAUCAAGUCAUAUGUGCACUCUCCCACUAGUGUUGGUGUCGAUUUUGAGUUGGUUGAACUGUUCCACGAUAGUUCGUUUGAUCACCCAACUCAAGUGUGGCAAGCAUCAUCUCUUCUGUCUGCCAAAGAUUACACUGGCACGUAUAACUUCUAUCUCAUCCCGUGCUCUGUCAAGUCUACCGACAGCUAUGAUAAGACACAAAAACGAAACGUCUACUGUACACCACUUGACCCGGUCAAGUUCACUGUACCGAUAUCAUUUUCACAGGUGAUACCGCCUGUUGCAGAAAACUACAAGCUCAACACUAUGUUCAUGCUUCACAAGAGUCGAAACAUAUUUCUUAGCAACCCGUUCAAGCAUAACGGUGAUCUACACGAGCUGGACUAUGAUGGCGCUUUCAGCGCAGGAGACACUCUCUAUGGACGAGUAUUUUGGAACCCAACACAAGAUCUGCGAAAUUCGUUCAGCUUAAGAAUCGAGUCUGUGUAUUUGUGUAGUGGUAAGGAUGGAUUUGUGCCUUACUAUGACCCUGAAGGGAGGAUUUUCAAAGGAGAACCGCAGUAUGGAUGUCUGCGAGAUCAUUCGAGACUAGGAUACAGUUUUAAGCUGAUUGAUCGAAAGCAUCCAGACACGGAAGACAAAGAAUUCAAUGGAGUAGAGUUUAAAGCUCAGUUGGUGACCGACAAUCCUGCAUACCAGACAUUGUUGAAUAUGCCAGGAGUGGAUGGUUUCAGUCUGCUGACCAAUCCAUUGUACAAGAUUGAAGCUGGGCGUCAGUGGUUCUUGCAGGUUGUAUACAGUAUUAGUGGUACCCGUAAUGGUAUUACCAAACGAGACGUGGCAACCUUGGCUUUGGCUCCAUUGAAGAGAAGAUCUUUGAGUCCGACGGAUCCGCCCGGUACUGGUACAGAUAACGGAACUGAUAUUCAUUUCUUCGAGAUGGAAAGUGUGAACACUUCCGUUGAAUCCGGUUCAUUGUCGGAGACAUCGGUGACUACUGUAGCUGGAGCUGCUGCAGGUGGGAUGGUUGCAUUACUAGCUGUCGUAUUCAUAGUCCUCGGUGUAAUCUAUAUGAGGCAUCAUCAAAACCUCUCUAACAACAAUAAAUCAAAACAAGAAAAGCCAGUCACCACCGAAAAAGUAAACAAGGAUGUUGACAAGACAACACGAUAUUACAAGGAAGAUGAAUGUGACGAUGAGAGCAACAUUGAUGAGAAGUGCUCAGCCUCGGACUCUGAUGAUUACGACUGCUCUUACGAUGACGACGACAACUCAAACAGCAAAAAACAAGCCCGGACUUGUGCACAUGAAUGGUCAGAUAAUGAGCAUACUGAAGUAUAAUUAAUAUAUGCAUUGUACACUGUCACCAUUUUGCAUUCGAGAGGAUACCUAAUGAUAAAAAUUGGUAAUUAUGGUGACCUGUUUGAUACUACCAGUAAGUUGUAAUGCUAAUUUUCUUGUUUUGAAACACUUUUGUUUACUACAUAUGUAAAGUGCUUGUGAUGAGUUAAUGACGUAUUUUAAUGACAUGACAUUGAAUAUGCCAA